UUCCAUUUGGAUUAACACACAUGAGAGAGAACUGACAGAACCUGAAGAACAGGGCUGGUGUAGAACUGCUGGCAGAUCAGCCACUCAAACCUCAGUGUUACAAUGCUGCCCCCUGCAGGAAGUGCUGUCUCUGAUUAUUAGGUGUGUCUAACAGGAAGAGGGAAGUACAGUUUCUCACACACAGGUGCUUCAGUUACACUGGGGAUCUAAUGAUAUGAUUUCACUGUAUAUUUUCAGAAAUUAAGGAAUUUCUAAAUAUAUAGCCUAAGGAAUGAAACCAGGCAGGGAAAAACAGAGAUUUGGGACUAAAUUCUUUUUUAAUCUGCAGUUUUUGCAUAACAGCAAUAAGUAAAAGUGAAACUAAAAUGCAGACUUAGCAGAAGUCACUGAGCUCAGAACAGACUGAGACAGAAUGGCGUCUGGAUAUUCUCUCCUGGCUGAGGAACUCUCCUGUCCUGUGUGCUCUGAAAUCUUCAGAGAUCCUGUUAUCCUGAGUUGCAGUCACAGCUUCUGUAAGGCCUGUCUGCAGCAGUACUGGGAACAGAAGGGAUCUCAGGAGUGUCCAAGAUGCAGGAGAAGAUCUUCCAAGGCUGAACCUCCCCUUAACCGGUCUCUGAGGAAUACCUGUGAGGCGUUCUUAAAGAAGAGAAGUCAGAGAGCUAAAGCAGGAUCUGAAGUGCUCUGCAGUCUACACAGUGAGAAACUCAACCUCUUCUGUUUAGUGGACCAAGUACCCGUCUGCCUUGUCUGCCAAACUUCAAGAAAACAUGCCAACCAUGAACUGCUACCAGUUCAGGAGGCAGCAGAAGACUAUAAGGAGAAACUCAGGACUGCACUGGCUCCACUGCAGGAGAAGCUAAAAGCCUUUAAUGCAGUGAAACUAGUCUGUGAUCAAACUGCAGAGCACAUCAAGAGCCAAGCCCAGCACACAGAGAGGCAGAUAAAGAUGGAGUUUGGGAAACUUCAGCAGUUCCUAAAAGAUGAAGAGACAGCCAGAGUCACUGCACUGAGGAAGGAAGAGAAGCAGAAGAGUCAGAUGACGAAGGAGAAGAUUGAGAAGAUGGCAGAAGAGAUAUCAUCGCUUUCAGAACAAAUCAGAGCCAUAGAACAGGAGCUGGGAGCUGAAGACGUCUUAUUCCUGCAGAGCUACAAGGACACACAAAACAGAGCCCAGUGCACACUGGCGGAUCCAGAGAAGGUCUCAGGAGCGCUGAUUGAUGUGGCCAAGCACCUGGGCAAUCUGAAGUACAGAGUGUGGGAGAAGAUGCUGGGGACUGUUCAAUACACUCCUGUGAUUCUGGACCCAAACACAGCAAAUCCCAAACUCUCACUGUCUGAGGAUCUGACCUGUGUGAGAUUGAGAGGUGGGAGACAGCAGGUUCCUCAUAAUCCAGAGAGAUUUGACAGGGAGGUGUGUGUGCUGGGCUCUGAGGGAUUCAGCUCAGGGAGACACUGCUGGGAUGUAGAAGUGGGGGAUGAGCACUGGGCGGUGGGUGUGGCUAAAGAGUCCAUCAGCAGGAAAAGGUUUGUGGAUCUGAGCCCAGCAGGAGGAGUGUGGUGUAUAUGGCAGCGCUUUCUGCGUUAUGAAGCCUUGACCUCCCCACCUAAAGCCCUCACUGUGCAGAGGGAACUCCAGAGGGUCAGAGUGCAGCUGGACUGGGACAGGGGGGAGGUGUCAUUCUCUGACCCCAGUGACAACACUCCUCUCUACACUUUUAAACACUCCUUUACUGAGAGUGUGUUUCCAUUCUUCUGGCCUGAUUCUCCGCAGAUCCGUCCACUGAAGGUGUCCAGUGUUUCCCCCAGGAUUUCACUGUAGGCAGGGGGGGUGAGCAGGGGCCUGGUUGGGG